CCACUUUAUAAUUUAUAACCACAAUUAGGCAUUGAUGAUUCCCUCUCUUUGCCCGCUUUUACUAACAAGGAGCAUGAUAGUCGCAUUUACAUCAGGGCACAAAAAGACCUCUCCGAAUGACAGCAAUAUCCGGCAACACUAGGAGCUCCAGCAGUGACCAAGUCUCACGGCGUUACCCAGGAUUUAUUGGUUGCAUGAGCAUGGGAUCUACUUUCUCCACAAAACCACCAAAGGCACAACCAUCGCCACCAGCCAACCACCCGAUUGGAGGAGCAGGUUGGGCUAACUUGAGUUCAAAACUUGAACUACUAAUGCUUGUGUUUUUCGGGCCUUGUAAAGGUGGUGGAUCUUCAGAGGGAAGUCCAGACCCAGAAGGAAUUACGGAUCAUGUACAGAAAGAGGAUGGAAAAGAACGCAAGACCAUCUCAGGUACUGUCUUCAGAUCAGCCCAGGAGAAGGGCUUCCUGGAGUUCAUAAUCAACUCCAAAGAUAAUCAACACCCAUCUCUCCUUUCCCCUACCUCCAGUCCUCGGCAUCUGCCGUCGACGCCCUUUACACACCGCCAUUCCGAUCUCGCUAUCCUAAUCGACCAAGCCAAGAUCAGUGGAUGGUACAUUGACCCCCAAGAGAUUGGCCAAGGAAGCACGGUGGAGAUUCACAGGGCGAUUUGGCGGGGCCUGGAUGUGGGGGUGAAAUGCAUAUUACCUGAUUUCUUCAACACAAACGAAAGCGGCGUCGGAUUUUUCGUUCAAGAGCUCCGCACGUUAUACCGUGGCUGCACGGACCGGGUAACCGGCCAAAACAGAGGACUUACGGUGCCGCUUCCUCCAUUCGAAGAGAGAUUAGCCAGGGCGUUGGAGAUAGCCCAGGGAAUGCAGUAUCUCCAUGAACAAAAACCCAAAGUUAUCCACCGUGAUUUGAAGCCCAGCAACAUUUUUCUCGACCAGGGUAACCACGUCAGGGUGGCGGACUUUGGUCACCCACGGUUUUUAAACGACGAAGAGAAGGCGCUCACACGCGAAACAGGGACCUACGUCUAUAUGCUACCAGAGGUGAUUCGAUGCAAGCCUUACAAUGAAAAAUGUGAUGUAUGUAGUUUUAACAUCAUACUCAAUGAACCCAUCACCGGGGAUUAUCCAUAUCUAGAAACAGAUUCUGGACCGACCAAGGUACUAAAUGGAUUUGUUGAAAUGUCUCUGUCCUAACUAACGACUAAACUUUUAAUAUUUUUGUCCAUCAUUGAUUAGGUUAUUGGUCAUUUCUUGAGAGGAGUGAUGUUUGGAAUAUUAAAAUCUUGAAUUUAAA